AUGGAGGCUCAACCAGGGGAGGCGGCGGCGGGCACGAUGAGCAAGGUGGCGGUGCCGGUGGAGCCGAAGAUCAUCGUGCAGACGACGAGCGAGGUUGACCUCCUGGAUGACGGGUAUAGGUGGCGCAAGUACGGCCAGAAAGUGGUCAAAGGGAACCCCAAUCCAAGGUACAUGCUUCCUUCAGAAAGAACUCUAGAGAGAGACAGAGGCUACCGGUUCUGUUUAGUGAGAAGCUCGGAAUCCGAUCAACCCAGAUGGGCUGAUAAAAUCCCUCUUAAUCCGUGCCCGGCAGCUAGUUGGGCUGAUCUUCUGGUCAACCCAUGCACGAUAUACCAAUUAUGGAUAAUUCGUCCCCUGAUCGACCAAUCUGGCCAAAUCUUUGGUGUUCAUCAUCAUCAUCAUCAUCGUCGUCAUCGUCAUCACCAUCACCAUCAACCAUCAUCUAUAAAUAUCCUGGGAGUUUUGUUGUCUAAUAUAAACUUCAUCUCAAAUUAUUUAUAUAUAUAUAUAUAUAUAUAUAUAUAUAUGUAUAUAUAUUUGAUUCAUCUGAAUCCUAGGGAUUUCAUCAGUCUCUGAGCAAUGGACACACAUGAACGUCAUAUCUAUCCCCAUAAAAAUGAUCAACUUAUAUGGAUCCCCAUCAUAAAAUGCUCACAUCCGAAACAAUUUUUCUUCCUCUGCAGGAGCUACUACAAGUGCACCAGCCCGGGCUGCAACGCCCGCAAGCACAUCGAACGAUCCUCCACCGACCACAAGGUGGUGAUCACCACUUAUGAGAGGAAGCACAACCACGGCGUGCCCGGAGCCAGGGCCGGCGUCCAUGGCCAGAUAACCGACGCCGCCUCCGAGGGCAUGUAG